GCGGAGGACACAGCGUCCAUGAUUUCCAAAAAAAAUGUCAGAUUUUGAUUCAUCAGACCACAGGACAGUUUUCCACUUCCCCUCAGUCCAUCUUAAAUGGGCUCAGGUCCAGAGAAGUCUCUGUGUUUCUGGAUCAGGUUUAUAUAUGGUUAACUCUUUGCAUGGUUCAGUUUUAACCUGACUUUGUGGAUGCUGUGACUUCCACUACAGAGUCAUGUCUGUUUUUAAUGCAGUGACUUCCACUACAGAGUCAUGUCUGUUUUUAAUGCAGUGACUUCCACUACAGAGUCAUGUCUGUUUUUAAUGCAGUGCUGCCUGAGGAUCUGAAGAUCAGGUCCAUAAAGUCUUGGUUUUGGUCCUUGUCCCUCGUGUACAGAGGUGUCUUCAGAUUGAAUCUUUUAAUGAUGUUAUGUUCUUUAGAUGAUGAAAUCCACUAACUCUUUGUUACUCUGAGGAACAUUAUUCUGAAUCUGUUGAACUAUUUGCUCACGCAGUCUCUCACAGACUGGUGAACCUCUUCCCAUCUUUCCUUCUGAGAGACUCAGCCUCUCUUGAGUUCUUUAUAUACCCAGUCAUGUGACUAACCUCGUUAGUUGGGAGAUGUUCCUCCAGGGUUUUUUUUUUUAGCAUUACACACCUUGUUACCUGUUUGGUUGUCCCCAUCCCAACUUUAUUAAAAGGUGCUGCUGGCAUCAAAUUUAAAAUGAGCAGAUAUUUGUCAUAAAACAAUCACAUAUUUCAGUUUCAACAUCUGAUAUGUUGUUUUUGCUCAAACCAUCACAUUCUGCUCUUAUCGACAUUUACUACAGCGUCCAAACUUUCUUAAGAAUUGGAGCCGUAUGAUUUUGAGAUAUAUUUCUUCUUUACGUUAGCACCACCAUCAGGAAUAAUGUUUACACUUAUUUUAGUCUCUGAUAAAACUGAAACAACCACAGACUGUAUGUAAGAAAACAUCCUAACAGUUGUUGAUGGACUGAUUCAGUUAUAAGUUAUUUAUUACCAUCUAUUUGAUUCAAAGUGGGACCAUCGUUUACUUAAUGAACAUCAUGCUGUGUUGAAGAAGAAACUAGAGAUUAAGACCAUAAACUCAUCCGUGUUUACUGAGGGAAUAAAUUAGCGGAACACUAAUUCGCCCCCUGCUGGCCAUUAGAAGAAAUGCAGGUUUAAGACAUUUCUGCGUGGUCUCACGUCAUUUUCUUAUCUACAGUCUACGGUAACUCAAACAAAUCCCCCAGAUGAUUCCUUUAUUUUAAUUCGUAAUUUUUUUUAUUUCUAGCAAUGCUUUCGACUUUUGUUCCGAAUCAAGUCUUUCUUCAAAGUAGUUUAACUUUUAGAGAACUUACCUCAGGACUAAAACUAGUAUUGUCCCUGAACUUUCUCCUCUUUUCAUAGUUUCUUUCUUUAUUGGAGCAAAUUCAUGUGAAUUUAAUGGAAUCUGAAACGAUAGUUAAAAGCUCGUAACUGUACCCAGCGUAGGGCUUAUUCCUUUCUUAGCACAUCAGGCUGAGUAGAAACUUCUAUGAUUUGAUCAAACUUCCUGUUUCCUGAGUGUGUUUGUGUAUAUGUGUGUAAAUAUAUAUGACUGAAUUCAGGUUUUCUAACUACCGUUGUUUUAAUAAUCUGUGUUCCUGCUGGUUUUCUGUUUUUAAUCUGGUGUGUUGUUACAUGACUGCAGGAGAUUUAAAAUGUGCAGACUCCUCCUGUGGACACAUUCUUGUAUUUCUCAGACUUAUGGCUGCUGGUUUGAUGUGCAAUAAACAUGCAUGUGUGUGUUA